GCCCACCGGAAGAAGCGCAGCACAUAGUUUACUGGUCAAAUACGGUUGAACACAAUGGCUAUAGCGCACGUUGCGACCGAAUAUGUAUUUUCUGAUUUUUUAUUAAAAGAAUCGAGUGAAUCGAAGUAUAAAGGCGUGCGGCAGGAACUGGCCCUGGACACACUGGUCAGUUUUAUCGCGGUCGGGCUUCCUUUGUUACUCAUUUCACUCGCGUUUGCACAAGAAGUGUCUGUGGGGACCCAGAUCGCCUGUUUUCCACCCUCUAGCUUCUCAAUGCGACAGGCUUCAUAUGUAGACUCCUUCUGCUGGGCUGCAAUAGAGAGUCACUCAACAGAGGAUGGGGUUAAUAGCGUCCCCCUGCAACUACACAAGUUCUUUCCUUAUAUCUUACUGCUGGUCGCCGUCAUUAUGUAUAUCCCAGCUCUCUUUUGGCGUUUCACGAGUGCCCCUUCCCUCUCUUCUGACCUCUGUUUUAUCAUGGAGGAACUUGACCGUUGCUACAAUCGUGCCAUCCGCCUGGCCAAGAGCCUUACGUCCAACCUCGAUGGCAAAGAUGUAGCAGAAGAUCCACAUGGUGGUAUUGAAUUGACUGAAGGUUGUUUUAAGUACCCUCUGGUAGAGCAGUACCUAAAAACAAAGCGUGCGUCAAAGGCUUUGGCAGCAAAAUAUCUUCUUUGUCGAGUUUUAACUCUCCUCACUUUACUGCUGGGCUGCGUUUAUCUGACCUACUACAUCUUUUGGGUGUCACCCAAUGACCAAUUCUCCUGUAACCUGCGCACAGGUAUUUUAUCAAAUGAGAGUGGGGUACCGAAUGCAGUGCAGUGUAAACUAGUAGCAGUGGGUGUAUUCCGACUCCUAAGCUGCAUUAAUCUGGUGAUGUAUGUAGUGUUAGUACCGGUUGUGGUUUAUUCUGCCCUCCAACCUUUUAUUGAACACCAGCGUGCUCCAUGUCUCCAACCAUACCGUCUGCUGCCUGCUUUCGGGCAUAGCCUCGAUUUGCAGCCUACGGCCCGUCGCUAUGAUGACCUCAGCAUCUAUCUGCUGUUUCUGGAAGAGAACUUAAGUGAGCUGAAGAGCUACAAAUGUUUGCAGGUAUUAGAGCUGCUGUCAAAGGAAGGAGAGGCAGCGUUUGACACCAUGUGUCUUCUUAGGACUUUGGGACAAGUAAGGACUGACAUGGUGGACAGAAAACAAUCCCAAACAGUCAAUGGUGAAACUAAGACAGAACAAAAUGAUGUUUCUUCACUUCUGCUGGAGGAUGCAGUACAGACAGCGAAAAGUUGCGGUUGUGUGAAAGAUAUCAGACACAGGGUGGUCUGAAGUAUUUUUUGUUUGAUACUAUAUAAUAUAAUCAUCAAUGUUUAAGAAGCUAUACUGAUUACACUGUGAAAAGAAGUCUAUAGAAUGCCGCUGCACUGAUAAAAUCUCUGGUAAUUCAUCAAUAUUAAAUAAAAGGUUUAAACUAAUUGCAAUUAACAUACAGGGUUAUGCAAUGCUUGAAACUAACAGUGAAAUAUUUAAAUGUUUACAUUUACUAAAGGAUAAAGUUAACAUGUGGGUGGCCAGAUGCAACUAAAACCUGCACCCCCAAAAGUGAUACUGUAUGCAUGUUGGAGCCUUGUCAGUUAUAAUGGGGUAUAGAGUAUGCUUUGCGACCAAACAAAUGAGAAAUGUUUUUCUUCGUUGAAAAAUACAACAAUGCCUUCAUUUUAAAAAAAAUAAGUUGUUGCCUUUUUAUACAUUUUUAGUUAAUUAAAUUUAAUUUUAAGGCAACGUUUGUAACUUGCUUUUCACUUACAUUUAAUUACAUUUACUAAAGCAUGCAACUAAAGAUUGCACCUGCAUAAUUGAUAGGAAUGUUGGGCCCUUGUGAGUUGUAAUGGGGUAUAGAGUAUGUUUAACAUUUUAAGUUGAAUUAACAAAAUAUUUUAAGGCAACCUGCUAACUUACUUUUUUUAGGUUAAACCAACACAUUUUUUACAAUCCUUUUCUUAGGGCUGUUUUCUAAAUCAAAUAUAUGCACCCUUAAUACUACCAUGCCAGAUUUUUCAAAAGUAACUGCCAGAAUGUAAUGUGACGCAGAGAAAAUGUUUUAUUGGUUUCUUCAGCCAUUACUUCAUUAUUUAAUUGUUUAAUUGCAUUAUUAUAUGGAUCUUUUAAUAUAAAGAAAUAUGUUUAUUGCUCAGAAGCAGCAAUGAGCAAUCAAGGGUUAAGAUUCUGUAGGAAAAGCAAGACGUAUAGCUUAAUACAAGCUUUAAUGUAGGUAUAAUAAAUUUAUUUCAAAUAUUUUUACUUUUGUAUAUAUGGGAGCUGUUUUUUGUAUUAGUAAGUUGAAUAUUUUACUAUUUUAAUUGUGUACUUUCUUUUGAUGUGGUUAAAUUGUUUUAUAUUAUAAAAAAAUCUGUUAUUUGUUUUAAUUGUUAUUGUUUGUAUAAUUUCAUACUGUACCUCUUGACCCUGAAGAUAUUAUCAUCAUGUUGCAUGUCUUGAACACUUCAACUGUUGUCAGACAAGUUGCAAAUAAAUACAUUUAUGCACUGUAA